AUGGAGGAAUUCCAUGAUCAAGUUGCUGUUGGAUUGGAGGAAGUCCAUGAUCAUCUUGCUCUUGUUGAACUUGAGGUCGAGGAGGAACUUGUCGGGCUUGUGGAGGAGCUUGAGGAACUUGACGUUGCACUCACGGUUGGCGUCGGCAGCAUGAAGCACAGAUCGCCGAGGACCCGGUGCGCGCCGCCGCCGGUGGGAGUGCCAGCGCGCGGCUGGGGAGGGAGGACGCUGCUGGUGGCGGUUCGGAGGGACGCGGCCGGGAGGGAGCUGCUCACCUGGGCGCUGGCCAAGGCCGCCUCCGCCGGCGAUCUCGUUGUUGCCCUCCACGUCACGGCCGCCGGAGCCGCCGACGGGUUCAGGCCGGUUGAGAGGAGCAGAGCCGCCGAUUCGCUGGCCUCCGUGCUCGGCGCGUACGACGGCUUCUGCAAUCUCAACCAGAUCAACCUGGAGCUCAGGGUCUGCCAUGGGUCAUCCGUCAAGAGGGCUUUGGUAAACGAGGCCAUCUCCUACGGCGCCGCGCAACUCAUCCUCGGGAUCACCAAGAACUCUAGGCAUCUCGGAUUGUCUGCCACCGUUGUGGCCAAGUACUGCGCGAAGAGGAUCCCGCAGAGCUGCACGGUUCUCGCCGUCAGCAAUGGCGCUGUCGUGUACCAUGGGAACGCAAUACAGGAGGAGAUCAACCACUGCUGCACUACAAUGUCACCCCGAAGAAACUAUUCUCUGGUGGCGGAGACACCACGAAGAAUCUACCGGAAGAUACUCGACGCAGCGGCGACGAUUGGGGAGAAAACUAAGGAUGACUCAUCCAUCGGCCAUCGCCGGUCCUUGCAGUGGAACAUGUCAAUGUCGAUGAGCGCCCCCGUCUCGCCAAAGGUAGCGGCAGCACCACCGACUCCGAUGACAUGUCACAGGCUGGAACUGCCGGAGGUGGCUGCCGGGUGGCCAUUGCGAAGGAAGGAUGAUGUAGGGUGGAACCCUAUAGCGUCGAUCUUUCACGUUUGGAGUGGAUCCUACGGGGAAUCACGAAGAACACGCGGAAGCACAAAGGUGGACAUGUACCUGGCUGGGUGGGCGGCCCGCCUUCUUUCGCCGGCCGGCCGUCUAGUCCUCAUCAACGCAGUCCUGGAUGCGCUUCCCACGUACGCAAUGGCCGUGCUGCUUCUUCCUCCUUCGGUGGUCAACGCCAUGGACGCCCUGCGGCGCUCUUUCCUCUGGAACGUGGCUGAGCGGGCAUCGGGAGCCCAAUGCUUAGUCGCAUGGGAACGAGUGUGCAGGGCAAAGAGCGAAGGUGGCCUCGGCGUUCGCGACCUCGCCACCCAGAACGCGUGCCUCCUCCUAAAGAUGCUUCAUCGACUCCACUCGAUGCCCCGGUCGCGCUGGGCUGCCUGGAUUUGGAGCAGCGCGGACGGGCGCUCUAUCCUCAGCCGUAGCGAGCUGGCGGUGGUGGUCGGGGACGGCCGGGCCUGCUCCUUCUGGUGGGACUCCUGGCUCCCCUGCGGGCCUGUGGCGGUGGCGUUCCCCGCACUCUUCUCCCAUGCUGUCGAUGGCGAGGCGACGGUGUGGCAGGUCCGCCGGAGCGGCCUGGCAGGUUGUCUGGUCCCCAGGCUGACAAGGGUGGGCACCAGUGAACUGCAGGCCGUGUCGGCUCUCCUGGAGGCUGCUCCCCCCGUUGUGGGGGAGGACACGAGGACACUACGGCAUGCUGCGGCGCCCCACGAGGCUCUGUCGUCGAGCGCCGCCUACCGGCUGCUGCGUUUCGGCGGGGUGAGGGCGGGCUUCGCGGACAUGAUCUGGGGUGCACGGGUCCCCUCCCGCGUGCAAUUCUUCAGCUGGUUACUGGUCCAGAGGUGCAUACACACUCGAGAUGUCCUUCUGCGCAAGUGCAUCGUCGACGCGGCGGGCGCCGGCUGCCCGUUAUGCGCGGCACCCUUGGAGACGGCCGAUCACAUGUUGUUCGCCUGCCCGUUCGCGAGGGCCUUCUGGAAUGAGCUCGGCGUUAACGCCGACGGGGUCGAGGUGGGCAGGCUGCAUCGCCUUGCCGCUGCGGUGGGUGCGGUGACCAGGUCGGCGGUGGAGUUCGCUCUUCUGUGUUGCUGGCACCUCUGGAAACACAGGAACGCCAUGGUCUUCCAGAGGCAGCAACCGUCUCUGCGGUGGGUGCUUGGAUGCUGCCGCGAGGACGCCGUUCUCCGGUGCUCACUGCUAUCGCCAGCCAGUUCAGUCAAAACUUCCGAUCACCAGGCGACCUCUAAAUCAAGAAGCGAUUCGACAGAGCCGCCGUCUCCGGUGACCGAGGAAGUAGCGGAGCUGAUCUCGAUCAGAGAGAAGUACUCGUCAAUGUACACCAUGUUCAGUUACAGUGAUCUUGCGAGGAUCACCUCCGACUUCUCCCCAGAGCGGGUAGUGGGGAAUGGUGGUGCGAGCCAUGUUUACAGUGGCCGUCGCGAAGACGGCAAGGAGCUGGCGGUGAAGGUCUUGAAAUCUUCAGCGGAGGUGAUGAAGGAGUUCGUCGCGGAGAUCGGCAUCAUCAGCUCCGUCGACCACAAGAACGCCAUGGCCCUCGUCGGGUUCUGCGCCGAGCGCGGCAAGCUCAUGCUGGUCUACGACUACAUGCGCAGAGGCAGCCUGGAGGAGAUCUUGCACGGUGAGAAAGAAUGCAAGGGCUCAAGAUUAGAUUGGCCGGAGAGGUUCAAGGUGGCCGUGGGAGUCGCGCGCGCCCUCGAUUAUCUCCACGACGGCGGCCACACCAAGCGUCCGGUGAUUCACAGGGACGUCAAGUCCUCCAACAUCCUCAUCUCCCAAGAUUGCGAACCGAAGCUGUGCGACUUCGGCCUGGCGCUGUGGGCGGCGGACGCGGCGGCGCAGGUCACCGGCGACGACUUGGCCGGCACGUUCGGGUACUUGGCCCCUGAGUACUUCAUGCACGGCAAGGUGAGCGCCAAGAUGGACGUGUACGCCUUCGGAGUCGUCCUUCUGGAGCUCGUCUCCGGGAGGAAGCCGGUGAGCUCCGGUGGCCCCAAGGGCCAGGAGAGCAUAGUGAUGUGGGCGAAUUCUGUCGUGCAAGGUGGGAAGCUGACAGAGCUCGUGGAUCCGAGCCUUCCGACGGACGGCGACAACGCCGGCGAGACCGAGAGAAUGGCCCUCGCGGCUGCACUCUGCAUCCGUCGAGCACCCCAAGCCCGGCCUAGCAUGGCAAACGUCCUGAAGCUGCUCGACGGCGACAGCGACGCCGUCCAGUGGGCGAGGUCGCAGCUGGGCAUGCCCAACGCCUGCGACGACAACCACGGCGACGAAGAUUAUUACAGCGCGGUUGCUUCGCCGGACAAGAACGACAUCCAGUCGUACAUCAAGCUCGCUCUGCUCGACGGCGGCGACGAGGAGGAUGACGACGACUCCGCGUCCGUGGGUUGCGCCGCCGACUUCAUCGCCGGCAACAUGUCGCUGGAGGAGUACAUGAAGGGGAGGUGGAGCCGGUCGUCCAGCUUGACUGAAGACGGAGGCUCCGACCAUGGCGGGAGUGCACGGAUUUUUGUGUAGAUACUAUCAGCAAUUCUUUUGAUUCUUUCGUUUAUGUGUAUAUAUGUUGAGUUCAGUUUUCUCUUUCUAGUUAGUAGGGUGGUUGCACAGUUUUGAUGUUUCAUCUAGGUAGUCAUUCAUGGAUUUGUUACAACAUCUGUACCAUUCUCCUCCAAGGACCAAAGGAGAAAAAUAUAUGCA